AUGAAAGAUCACAACUUCCCUGUAAAUUUAGAGUCCAUUAUGUUCAGAAGUGUCUUACAAGGUUUAGACGCUUUUGAACGGAAUGCUUUGAAUAUCAAACAAAUUAUGCGCCAAAUUAUAACCUCUCUCAAGAAGAUCCAUGACACAGGAAUUGUCCACCAAGAUGUAAAACCAGCCAACUUAGUGGUGACAAAGAAAGGGAAGAUCAACCUCAUAGAUUUUGGGGCAGCUGCAGACCUUCGGGUUGGCAAGAACUAUGUACCAAACCGUGGCCUGCUUGAUCCAGAUUACUGUACCCCUGAACUUUAUGUGCUCCCAGAGGAAACACCCAAUCCUCCUCCAGAGCCCAUUGCAGCUUUUCUUUCUCCAAUUCUUUGCUUAUUUGGAAGGAGAAACUUGAAGCGGACAGAAUUAGUGGUUGGGGAUAGGUUAGGGGAAGGAAAUUUUGGUGUUGUUUACUUAGGCGCGAUUAGCGUCGAGAAUCGAGUGCUGAAGGAGGGUAAGGCACCGGCCAUGGAUGGAAAGUUUAAGGAGAAGGUCAUUCUGAAGAAGAUAAAAGGUUGGGAUUGA